UGGCCGGUGGUUCCCGGCUGUCCCCAGUGGUGGCUCGACCAGACGGAGGAAGAGGCGUCAUUGGCUGGGUAUUCCGUCCGCCAUCCUUGCCCGUUGGUAGGCCCCCCUGAGGUUUCACUGUUUCAUCCUGCGCCAUCCCACCCCAGUGGUGCUAUAUGCCUGGCGUGCCUGCGCAAGCGGGACGGGGAUCCAUGUCGACGCUUACAACCUUCACCAGUCAGCGCCCCUUGCGCACGUAGGCCCAGCGAUUUCACUCUCUCACCCACUCCCCACAACGUGGACAACUCUCUGCUCCCCUCACGCGUCUUCCAGGGGAACCGCCCUGUGGUGGUGUGGGAACCAGUCGAUCAGGAACUGCUUUUUUCUCACCUGGGUCUUGCAGGCGGCGAACACGUUCGGUCUGGAAACAAGGAGAAAUCUUUGAGCGGCGUCAAAAACACCAAGCUUGCUUUGGCUGAUAACAUUUUCGUCAGUCUACAAUCACUCUGGCAUAGCUCUGGUCGAGCUCAAUGCUCGGUUGACAAUUGA